AUGCUGACGGUGGAAAAGGCAAUCAAACACUUACUAAAGGACGUUUCGAAAGAAAGAAUUGUCACUUUGAAGCCACUGUCGUUUCGUUUCUGGAAAACUUAUGACGGUAUUUCGAGAUGCGCCGAGAAAGUGAUUGCGGAGAUUCUUUACGAGAUGGAAAUCUUGAAGCAAAAAGAAGGCUGCAAUGUUACGAAGAUCAGUAUAGUUGGCUACUCUUUGGGCGGCUUGAUCUCGAGGAAUGUGAUCGGCCAGCUUUACGAGAUGGGAUUCUUCGAUUCAGUUAAACCAGUUGUCUUCUGUACGUUUGCUACACCCCAUGUAGGGGUCCACUUUUUCAGAGAUCAUGUUUUCGAUAAGGUAGCAAACGUUGUCGGGAAAUUCAUUUUGGGUGUUACUGGCUUCCAACUCUUCAUAGCAGACCGAGAUCCCUUAUUGGUCGAGAUGAGCAAACCCAGCUCUAUUUACUUCAAAGGUUUGGAGUGUUUUGAAAAGCGGUUGCUAUUGGCCAACAUCAAGAACGAUAGAAGUGUGGCAUUUUACACAAGCUACAUCACUGAACAUUCACCAUUCGAUCACUGGGACAAACUCAAGGUCAAAUACUUGAAAGACCUACCUUCUUCCAAAAUUGGAGGCGUAAUGGUGAGGCCAAAGUUCGUCGACUUGGAGAGAUCAUGCAGAGUUGAGACACUGGGCAAACCGCCAGACAAUAUUCAAGAGGCGACUUCAUUUGUGAGACGCAAUAAGCUUGUCCGGUAUUCUGUCAUAAUUGUUGCUGCCUCCAUACUCAUUCCCUUCUAUAUUCCUGUCAUUCUUUGUUUGUCGCUGGUUGUGUCCUUGUAUACCUUGGUUAAAGUCAAGUUCCUGAGUGGGCCCGACAUUUUGAGCCACUGGAAGGAAGUUCGAAGCUCUGUGUUUGGUGAUGGUGAGGUCAAUGCCGAAAAUGCACAGCGUGGAGAAGAAAGAAGAAAAGAGCGUCACGAACUAGCAAAACACGAGUCCUUCAAGGGCGACACAUCCUCCUUUACUGAGCAUGGUAUGGAGAACGUUUUGUACGCAGAAAGCAGGCUCCAUGCAAAGCAAUCGGAGCUUUACAAACAAGAGGGUUCAAAAGAGGACGUAGGAAAAGAGGGUCUUCAGUCCCUUAGUGAGGAAACACAAAUCUCUCUGGUCGAGUCGGAUCUGUCGGAUUCGGACAAGAAGCCAGCUACCUCCUAUCUUGCAUCAUUUUUGAAAAGAAAAAAUCCUGUUGACAUAGAUGCUGCCAUCAACGAUUCAAUCAUGAAGACGCAUGCAGCCAAACUCUCCGUCACAGACUAUUCACAAUUCCCUCUCUUUACGGAGGAUACCAAACUAGCCAUUUCGGAAGAUCAGAAACAAAUCAUCGAAAACCUUAAUAAGCUUUCUUGGGAAAAGAUCGCUGUGUAUCAUGACCUGUUCAACGCACACGAUGGAAUCGUUGCUAGAAGAGGCGAAAAGACAAAUCCCAAAGGCACCUCAACAGUGUAUCUAUGGGUUUCAAUAAUUAGAAAUCAUUUGAGUGCCCAAAUAAUUGACCCAGACUAG